AUGCUCUCCUCUUCGCACGCAUUCUCGCCAGGACCAACCGCGUAUGUCGCUACUGCGUUUCUAGCGUACCUCUUGUGCGCCCGAUGGCUCCGCUGGAGAAACUAUCUUGCCAUCCACCAAAAGUUUGGGGGCAAAUUUCUCAACGGAAGCUUGACGAUCCAAGACGCGCAAGAGAUUGUGCAAGUCUCUGGGAUAUGGGACAUGCCGGCACUCCUCUACUUGGCUCUCUCGUACGCCACUAUCAAAACAUAUGCUAUUCCGUCUAUAUCCAAGAUCCUACUCUCUACAAAGCAAAUCUCAACCGCGGAGCAUGCAUCCAGACGCUACGCAGACGUAUAUAUUUUCAUAGAUACUUGGAUUAGCUGCCCUAUACUUGGGAGAGAGAUUUCGAAUGGUCGAGAACACUCAGAUCCUAGGUCGAUGAUAGCCACUGGGAGGGUCAAUUGGCUCCAUUCCAAAUAUAGGAUCAGAUGGACAGAUAAAUAUGGCUGGCGUCAGCUGUCGGCACUGGAAAAACAGGCGCUACUGAUGUUUUGGUCCGAGAUUGGGCGCCGUUUGGAAAUCCAGGAUAUACCUGAAACCUUGAAUGAGAUGCGGGACUGGGUGAAGAGUUACGAGCAGACUCGCCGGUGCCAAGCUAAAUCAAAUAUUGACAUCAUGAGCUUUACUAUCGACUAUAACUCGAAGGUCUACCCCUGCCUUUUUGGUCUGCGAGGCUUAUACAAGUCCAUCAUAAAUUGUACCUUGGAAUACCCGGUCCAAACUGCCACAAUGUCGCCUAGGCCGCCGUGGUACAUGUAUGUACUUACCGACGGUCUAUUUUAUGGUAUGAAGUACUAUCACCGUUAUCUGGCUCUACCUCGAUGCCGUCCGUCCUCGGUGGUCUCACUCGAGCUUCCCGAGAGCUCAGAUACCAGAAUGCACCCGACAACCUUCGGUGCGAAGCCGUGGUACAAACCUGAAGGGAGGGUAUUGACUUGGAUCAUUGAUCACCUUCUGGUAUGGGUGGGGUACCGGGAAAGUACUCCGGGGGUGCAGUUUAAGUCUCAAGGUUAUCGCCUCAAAGAAAUUGGCCCUCAGAUUUACGAGCACCUUGGGCACAAUGAAGUUAUGCAGACUGCUGAAAGAAUAUAUGGAUCCCCGAUCGGUGCACCUUGA